CGGGCCCAGGGUGCCGUAGAGGAGCAGCGGCCGGCGACGGUACAGCGAGACGCUGUGCACCAGCUCCUCGGAGAAGGCGGCCGGCUUGGUCGGUGGGGGAGGCUCCGGUGCUGGCUCAGGCUCCGGCUUUGCCUCUGGUACCGGCUCAGGCUCCGGUUCCGGCUCCGACAUGGCCGUAGGCCCGACACGGUGACGCCGCAGAGCAACCGGCAUCGCUGGCCACGUGACCCCGGCCUGGCAACAGCCACUUCCGGUACCCUUUAGCCCUUAGCAACAGCCACUUCCUGCCAUUGAGUUGGCCCCUCUUCCCGUCCUAUCAUUAACCAGGUCUAAACCGCAUAAUUUCCCCUCCCCCUUGCACAGUAUAACGGGCGAUUAGUCUACUCCUCCUGUCUUACUCAGUUAGCCGCUCCCCCUCACGCCGUCGUCAAGGUAUUUGAUUUGGACCCGCUGAGAAGACAUCCGCCUCUCCCCGCAUUGUCAUUGGUUCCUCAUUGCCGUAUCAGAAGGCGGCCUGGGGUGACGGGCAGUCACUUCGUUCAAUCAGGUGCGAGGCCGGCUCGGCCUCCUCCCCAUGUGACCUCGUGGAGCGACCCCCCCUUCCAGACUCCGGGCACCAUGCAAGCAGCAUUUGAGAUCACCACACGCUACUGUUCAAAGGAAAUGGAGGCGUACGGGCAAUGUGUGGCUUCUAACCCGUCCACGUGGCAGGUGGACUGUCACCAGCUGAAAACCAGUGUUGCGCAGUGCACGUCAUCGCACCCAGUCAUUCAGAAGAUCCGUGCUGAAUGUGCAGAGCCCUUCCUGGCUUUUGAACAGUGUUUGAAGCAGAAUCAAUCUUCUGUCGUGAAUUGCACGGACCAUGUCAAUGAGUUCCUGGCCUGUGCAGAGAAGGUCAAAAUGCCAGCUUUAGGUAAAAAAAAUUCUCUAAUUCAAAGAUUUAACAAAUCUGUCAAAGCUCAGUAA